AUGUUCUCACGAGCCCUUAGGGUACCGCGGGCGAUGCCCUUGCGCGUCCGCGCUCCAGUGCCGUCAAUUGCGGCCAGGAGGCUGGUCACCACCGAUGCCGCUUCCUCCCACGUCGACAAGAGCGCCGUCCCUGAGUCCGAUGAUGAGCCCUUCACGGUCAACCUGAGCGACGAGAGCUUCGAGACGUACGAGCUGGACCCGCCUCCUUACAGCAUUGACAUCACCAAGAAGGAGCUUAAGCAGAUGUACUCCGACAUGGUGGUCAUCCGACAAAUGGAGAUGGCUGCCGAUCGGUUGUACAAGGAGAAGAAGAUUCGGGGUUUCUGCCAUCUAUCAACUGGUCAGGAGGCCGUCGCUGUCGGUAUCGAGCAUGCUCUCACCAAGGACGAUGAUCUGAUCACUGCCUACCGAUGCCACGGCUUCGCCUACAUGCGCGGCGGCACUGUCCGCUCAAUCAUUGGCGAGCUGCUUGGUCGACGAGAGGGCAUUGCCUACGGAAAGGGCGGCUCCAUGCACAUGUUCACCAAGGGUUUCUACGGCGGCAACGGAAUUGUCGGUGCUCAGGUCCCCGUCGGCGCCGGUCUAGCUUUCGCGCACAAGUACACCAACAGCAAGAAGGCCGCUGUCAUCCUGUACGGUGAUGGUGCCAGCAACCAGGGUCAAGUCUUUGAGGCUUUCAACAUGGCCAAGCUCUGGAAGCUCCCCGCCCUGUUUGGAUGCGAGAACAACAAGUAUGGUAUGGGUACCGCUGCAUCCCGCUCAUCCGCUCUCACGGACUACUACAAGCGUGGACAGUACAUCCCCGGUCUGAAGGUCAACGGAAUGGAUGUUCUUGCUGUUAAGGCAGCCGUCAAGUACGGAAAGCAGUGGACCGAGGAGGACCACGGCCCGCUUGUGCUUGAGUAUGUUACCUACAGAUACGGUGGUCACUCCAUGUCCGACCCCGGCACCACAUACCGAACCCGUGAGGAGAUCCAGCGCAUGCGCUCAACCAACGACCCCAUUGCAGGGCUCAAGCAGAAGCUGCUUGACUGGACUGUUGUGACGGAGGACGAGCUGAAGACUCUCGACAAGGAGGCUCGCAGCUUCGUCAACGAGGAGGUUGCCGCUGCUGAGGCCAUGGCCCCGCCAGAGCCGACGCAGAAGAUUCUCUACGAGGAUAUUUACGUCCGCGGUACUGAGCCCAGCCACAUCCGUGGCCGGACGGCUGAUGAGCUCUUCUACUUCAACUAA